CCGCCAGUUCGGGGUUUCGGGGUCCACUCGAUCAUGAACAAGAAGAAAGCGAAGCAGACACCACAGGCAAGCCGCCGGUCGACGCGUUUGCGCCCCACGGCGCAAGGACCUAGUGUUUCAACGCAUUUUGCAUCUGGCGAUGUGAUCUCGGUGCUCUCGGACAACGAGUUAACUUUCGACUACGACAACAACGACACACCCUCGUCGAUUCCUUCGGCACACUCGACGGCCACAGUGAUUGCAUCACUCUCCAAAGUGAAGGGGUCGUCCGUAAGUCGUGGAUUUGCAUCUCCCAGACGCUUGGCAGCUGGUAAAGGCAAGCACCGAGCAGUAUCCGCUCGCAAGCCACAACGCCGCCUCACAUCAGGUCUGUCGGACUCGGACAGCGAUCGUGCCGAUGGCCCCAUGACCCAAAACCACUUCAGCGAUGCCUCAAGCCUUUCCAGCGAUAGUUUUACCAACGACACCGAUUCGGACGCCGAUCUUGGGCCUCGACGUUCAGCAUCCAUGACGAGCACGUCAAAGAGAUCGUCACGUGGAUUGGCACCGUCGAAUCCUGCUCCAAAGCGACGUGGACGUCCCUCAGGCAAGAAAACGACUUCCCCAACCCCGCUAUCAAAGUCUGAAGCCACGGCAACCCCAACCUCCCAUGACGCCACGGCAAGCACUGCCGCCGCGGCCAAGAAGAACGUCUCGGUCGUGAAGGCGCCACGACGCCGCGGUAUCAAGUGGACGGAUUCCGAAGUCGAGUACAUCACCACAAUGAUCAAAACACAUGGCGGGCAAUGGACGUGGAUUGCGACGGAAGGGGUCGCUUGCGGCAAGUUGUACCACACCCGGAACGGGCACGAUGUCCAGGACAAAUGGAAGAUCUUGCGGCGCCAAGGCGAGGUCAUUCCAGAGGAGGCGGUGAAGGUGGCGGCGACUCGGCGUCGUCCGAUUAUGCCAUGGAGUGCUGAAGACACUGCAUUUCUUCUGGAAAUGCGCCAGAAGCACGACAAUCGCUUCGUCGUGAUGCUCAUGGAAGGCCAAAUGAAGGGGUAUUUUGCCGACCGAGACGCUCGGCAAUUAAAGGAAAAAGUGCGCAAUUUGGAGAAGGCGCAAGCUAAGAGAGCUGCAGCUGAACAAGAACGUCGGACAGGCGACAUGUCGGUGGUCGUCGCGCUGCCAAACAGCCACACGACUGCAAUUGAAGUACAAGUGGCGGUGGAGAUGGCUACCAUUGCACAGACAGCUCAAGUGCAUGCGAUGCGGCACGACAUCGAUUCGACCGCUGACGACGAGACCGAGUUACCGCCAUCGCACUCGCGCAACGUCGAUGAAUCGUAUCACGACGGCGCGGUGGAUGCACAAUAUAGCGUUGAGCACGUCGACCAUGGUGAGUACGACAAGGAUGAUGUCGUGCCAGUGUGCAUGACAUCGCAGCGCAAGCGAAGCGACACCCCGUCGACAGAGUCGCCUGAUCAAGAUGCGCGAGACGGCGCUGAGGAACCACCGUCCAAGCGACAACGAAUCGACGACAGUGCAUCCGAAGUAGCGUUGCCGCACACAGUGUUGAGCCUGCUAGAUACCGACGGCGGCCCUCAGACACAAGCGUUCGAGUCGGAGUCGCUGCCGAUGUUUGAGUCCGAGCAGCCUGACACUCAAGCCCGUGAUGAGCCCGAAGAAAUGCUUCAUACCCCUGUGCAACCUCCGCGUGACAUUGUACCGUCAACGCAGUGGAUGAAGCAGUCCAAGAAUCACCGUCGGUUGAGCGGCGAGCGACAUGCCCACCCGAUGCCGCACUCGAUGGACCAGCUCGAAAUCGAAUCUGUACCGCCCCCGCCCGUGACCACCGUCACACCGUCGGCGGCGACCAAUUUGCCCGAUUUGGAGCAGCGCACGGUCCGGUUUACACUGUUCUUGGUCCAGCACGACCAAAAAGCUCAAGUGGAUCCCUUGGUGAUCGAGAUGAAGUAUGGCCAGACUUUUCAAGACCUGCAGGACCAUGUGCUGGCCACGAUGGUACCAGACCGGUCGCCGUCGACCGAACUGCACUUUGCGUUUGACGGCUUCUCGUUGCCCCAGCGCCACGAAGUCGUCGGCGACUGGAUUCAAGACCACGACCAAGUCUACGCCACGAUCGGGUAAAAUGUAAUGUACUAGUCUUUCGUG